AUGUCAGAAAUUUGCAAGGUUCUCGACUACGAUGCUCCAGUUGGCAAGGUCAAGAGUCCAUCGGGCCUCGCCCACGUUGUACUACGAACCGGCAACCUCCCCCGCAUGGUUGACUUUUACACCACGUUCCUCGGGGGCAGCGUCACCUACGGCAAUGAGAUGAUAUCAUUCAUCACCUACGACAACGAGCACCACCGUAUCGCUUUGAUCGGGGUUCCAGGAACGGCGAUCAAAAACCCGGCGAGCUGCGGCCUUGAGCACAUCGCCUUCUCUUUUGAUACUCUAGAGGCUCUGCUGCUCGCCUACCGCCACCGUAAGAUCCGGGGCAUCGAACCCGUCUGGUGUGUCAAUCACGGCCCUACGACUAGCAUCUACUACAAGGACCCGGAUUGCAACAUGCUGGAAACGCAGGUCGAUAACUUUGAUACGGUCGACGAGGCCACUGCGUUCAUGAUGAGCGACGCCUUUACCGAGAACCCGAUUGGUGUAGACUUUGAUGCCGACGACAUGAUUGGGGCCCUGCGCGCUGGAGGGGACGAAAAAGUGUUGAAGAAGCGGCGCGAGAUUGGCCCGCACGGAUUGCCGGACUUUUCGAGCAUGUGA